AUGGUCAUCAUCAACUUCUUGGCCUCCUGGCCAGCAGUUGAUUUGGCUUCAGACGACCUCCGCAUCGCAGACCCGAGCCCGAGACUUCACGAAGUGAUCAAUCGAUGGGGCUCCCACUACAGGUCUACGAAUUCUGCCUGUCACGAGAAGCUGGGUGAAAACUUCGUCUGCCCCCGUUUUCAGAGAACAGAGGAGGCUCCCCAAUCCAUGCAAAGUUUCUCCAUGCGGGACACUCUGAGGUUUGUAGGUGUGAAGCCGAGGCUGAAGUGUCGCGUGACGCUGGAGCAGUAUUUCGAUAUCUCUCGAGGGCAGUCAGUGGGAAGCCUGGUCCCUCGGGAGAAGGUGUACAAAGAAGUCCCGGGCAUUGCCCAACCUGGUGCUGAGGUCGUCCUCCCAGGUGGAGCAUGGACGAACGAUGCCCAGGACGCUUUCUUCGAUGGCUCCCGGCUCUGCGCACGCCUCCGGCAACCGGACGCGUCCUGGAAGAAGCAGUGCACGCACGUCAUCGCAGAUCAGACGCUCAAAGUAGUGGACGGCGACUUCGAGCUGGACGGAGCCGGAGAGGCUUUGUUUCAAGAGUACACGCGCAUCUCUUACCCGACCGACAGUGUCCCGGGAUCCUGGGCGGAGUCGGCACGAAAUUCGCGCCUGUCAGGCUCGGUCCUGGAGACGGAGCUGCAGAAAGAAGAUGGCACGUGGGUCCAGACCGUCACCAGCGUGCUGUUCUGGCACUUCCUUGAGAACAUUGAUGGGACGCUCUACAUCGAGAGGGCGCCCUGCGCGUCGCUAGGGGUUUGUGUGUACAGCUACGUACUGAAGCUGGACGCAAAGGACAUCUUCUGUACAAAGGCGGUCUGUGAUCCACUUGGAGAUCGAGAUACUUGCUGCGAUCGGGUAGAACCAUGCACCGUGAUCACCACCUGCGAUCGAACGCAAAGCCUCGUUCCCGACCUGAACGGUUGGUGCAGGGAUCGAUACUGCGAUCAGAUCCUAGACCAGGACAUUUGCUGCGUUCCGGCGGCUUUCUGCGACGGCCUGCAGUGCGUGACUGGCUAUGUUCUGAAACCCAAUGCUUACGACAUCCAGUGCCCCAACAGCAUCUGCUUCCCUGACGGCGAUCGCGACCUCUGCUGCGAGCAGCAGGGCUCGUGCAGCUUGCUCCCUUACACACACGAGGAUUGUGACGUCGGGGAGUACUUCAACAGCGCGGAUCUUUGUGCCCAGCGUGUGUGCAACAACGUCACGGACCUCGGGAAGUGCUGCCAGAGGGCCAUGCCUUGCGACAUCGGCCUCAACUGCUCGCAUGGAUUCCUUGCAAAGCCCGACAGCGAAAACAUUUACUGCCUGGCGGCAGAGUGUGACAUCGACGUGCACCUCAUGGUCUGCUGUGAUGCGGCGGCGCCCUGCACAGACAUCACAUGCGGACAUGGCUACUACCAGCUCAGUGAUACGUACUGCAGCGGCACAUCCUGCAACUUGACAUUGGACUUCGACCACUGUUGUCCGAUAUCGGAAGGAUGCGCCUCGCUCGCUGAUAACAGCUGCCCCUAUGGCUACUGGUUUGACUUUGACGAGCGUUGCACCCGAGAUCCCUGCGAAGACAGCAUUGACCGAUUGCACGUGUGCUGCAAGCAGGCGGAUCCAUGCACGUCCCUCACCUGUCCCAAUGGCUACAUCUACAAGUCGAACAUUGGUGCUCUCACCUGCCAGUUUGGCGAGUGCAACGUCACCACCAACGACUUGUUUCGGUGCUGCGAUACCGCGGCUCACUGCGACACGCUCAGCUGUGGCCACGGCUUCACUCCAGAUCCGCUUGCGUUUGACACCUACUGCCCCGCAACCAUCUGCGACAUCAACCGCGACCGAGACCUUUGCUGCGAGCCGGCACCUUUGUGCGCCACUGCCUAUGCGUGCCCCCAUGGCUUCACUGCUUGGCCUGACACCUACUGCGACGGCAUCACCUGCGACGUGGAUCGCGACCGGGACCUCUGCUGCCGCCCAGCGAUGCCCUGCUCGGCUAUCACGUGUCCACUGAACUACGUGCUUCGGUAUGACACCUACUGCCAGGGAACAACCUGCAUAGAGUCACGGGACCUUUUCUGGUGCUGCGAGCGUGGUAUGGCUCUGUCCUACUACAGGUUCCUGCCCCUCGAGCUGCGCCAGAGUGGAUCCACCGUGGUUCAGAUGUCGGAUUUCUUCUUGUACAACCAGCAGGUGCUGGUCGACGGCUACAACUCGGCGGUCUUCUACUGCGAUCCGUGCGACACGCCAGUGAACCUUCGAGAGGAACCGUACAACCUCGGAGACUUCAACGCGGAAACGAAAUGGUUGGACUAUUCGUCGAACGCUUUCUUCGUGAGGCUGCCGGUUGCACAGCCAGCGUUUAGCUACAGCUUCGUGACGGGUAACGACGAGCCGCAGCGAGAUCCGGUGCGCUGGCAGCUCUGGGGCUCGCCCAAUAACAUUGACUGGGUCAUCCUCCACGAGGUCAAGGAUCGCAACACUGGACUCUCCAUCGUGCCCGUGGAUCGGAAAACCACAACUGGCCAAAUCCAAGUGGAUGUGCCUUGCUAUUCUCCGACGGGGAGCUACAUCGACAACUCGGCCAACAUCACCUGCCAGGAGGGGGACCUCAUCCAACAUGGAUACAACUGUACUCCUGCUUGCUUGCCGGGCUUCACCGCGGAUGUGGAUCAAAUCACCUGUCUUGAUGGGGAGCUCUCGCCCAUCACGUUUGCCUGCGAUGCGGACGCGGGCAAUGGCACCGUCUGA